AUAAGCAUGCCCAGCACUCACCACUCAAACCAAAUUGGAGAGCUUGUCGCUGUCCUCAUAGCCCUCCAAUCCGUAAACCUGCAGACACCUAUUAAAUUCAUAACCAACUCUAAAUAUGUAAUCAAUGGCCUAACCACUCACCUAACCAGCUGGGAAGACUCUGGGUGGAUAGGCAUAUCCAAUGCCCCCUUGUUCAAGGCGAUAGCCUACCAUCUACAAAGACGACCAACCCCCACAACUUUCAAAUGGGUAAAAGGCCAUAGUGGUGUUGAAGGCAAUGAAAAGGCUGACCAACUAGCACAAAUAGGAGCAACAAAAGUGGACAUCGAUACCAUAGACCUAUAUGUACCAAGAAAUUUCGACAUACAAGGCACCAAACUGUCACAGAUCACACAACGAUUAGCGUACCGAAAACUUAUGGCGGACACACACCUAGAUUAUAACAGACAAACCCUUGGCCUACUAAGUAUGACAAGAGCUGCCAUAGAAACCAUAACAAACACACUCAAAAUGGAUGAAACAAUAUGGAAAAGCUGCAGACAUAAGGACAUCACAAAAAAGAUACAAAUGUUCAUCUAUAAAACAUUAAACAACGCAUAUAAAAUAGGAGAGUUCUGGCUACAAAUACCUACCUUCAAACAAAGGGCUAGAUGCAGCACCUGUGAAGAACCCUCAGAGUCAAUGGAACAUAUCCUCAUUCACUGCAACAACCUAGAACAAAAGAAAAUAUGGAGCCUGACAAGAAAAAUAUGGCCCAGGAAAUAUGGACCUUGGCCAGAACCAUCAAUAGGCCUAAUCUUAGGUUAUGGUGCGCUAUCCCUCCCACAACAACCCCAAAAUCGAGAUGACAAAAACCGAAACUCCACCAAAAAAUCAAAAGGGAUAUCCUGCCUCCUUAGAAUCCUGCUAUCAGAGUCAGCCUAUCUCAUUUGGACGAUAAGGUGUGAAAGAGCCAUCACAGGACAAACACACACCACAGAAAACAUCACUAGAAGAUGGAUCAACACUAUAAACCGAUGCUUACAAUUAGAUCGCACAAUCGCAGCUCGAACAAAAAGAUCAUCUAAGGCCAUCACAAUAGUUGCCCAAACUUGGGCUGACAUAAUCGAGAUAAAUACAAACAACACAACAGACCAAAAUAAUGACGAAUGGGUGACAACCCUAGAGGUUUUAGUGGGUAUUAAACUACCCAGGCCCUCGCAGACCGAGGACACCAGGUAG